AUGAACUCCACCACAAGAGCUCUGCGAGUGUGCCGGAGACGAAAAGUAUACGCCUUUGAUGUUUCCUCCGACUGCAAAACAAUUGUCACGUCAUCUGCCGCCGGGCUGUUUGUCUGGGAUGCUUCAACUUUGCAGGUACGGGCAGGGUACUCCUUAACUGAAAGCAUGCGCGAAACAGGACAAGCAAGUCCCUACUGGGGAUUGUGCAUCAGCCCAGGAAGUGCAUCCGUCAUUGCAUUAAACGGGGAGGGCCGCGUUGAUGCGCGCUCGCUUCUUGCUCCCACAACGCCGGUGACUACAAAGAUGCUUUCCACAAUAGCGGCAGACGCGGCCGAACGUCUGGUGGAGGUAACUUCUGAGACUGGCCUUCGCGGAGGAUGGGAUGUUCUCGCAUCUAUAGCGGUUGAAGGCUGUCCAGCAGCAGCGGCAACAGCGAAAGCAAUCGCCACAGGAAACGUUAAGGACAAUCAAAACACUCCUAUUUCCGUCCGUAAGCGCGAGAACCUGAAAUCGAUACUGAUGGGCAUUGCCAACCCAGAAGACUACGCGACAUCUGCUGCGAAACGUCUUCUUGAGGUUGCAGUUGAUGCCAUUCGGCAUUCUGCUCCAGCACCUGUCAAGAUCAAGCUCAUGGAUGGAGACAAGGAAUCCAAGCUCUACACUUCUGCAGAAACUGUGCGGAAGAAUCUGCAGCAAUUUAGCGCAUCCGCUCGAGUCUCUACCCAGCAACUCGCCGCAGCACCGCUUGCGGAUUGGGUGAUGGUGAUGUGCGCGGUAUGGUUAACAAGAUGCGCGAGGGCCAUAUCUUGCCAAAUCGGCAGCGAACAGUUAGGCAGAUGGGCGGCACUCUGUCCGGCUUAUGUCAAGAAAGGCCAGAAUCACCACACACUCUCGCAGGGCAUGGUCAAUGACGCACAUCUAAUGCGAUCUCUGAGAAAGACAUGUCUUCCAGCUGCCAUUUUGUUAGCGUUAGAAGACGAACAUGGCGAGCCAGAAGCAGACGCUCGAUAUUUUCGUUUUCACCGCAACCAAAGUUCCGAAAUUGUUGCUGCCUUUUGGGAGGUAUCAACUGCAUGGGAUGUCGAGGAAGGAGGUGGUCGAAACAUCGACCAAACUAGCAUGGCCUUCAGCUUGACCCCUUUCCCAACGAGGUCCGUGAACGGGGUCUCGAAAACGGGAGCAGCGCUAGCACUACAUUCGAACGCAGCACGCGUCAUUGCAGAAUCUGACAAACUUGCCGUGUAUUCAGCAGAAAGGGCGCUAGGCUUGCAUGGCUCUUCAAUCGGAGCGGGUUUCAUAGUGUCCUGUAUGAGAGAAAACGAAGAAUCUGCUAGCUCUAAAUCCGAAAGCCCAGAUUCCGAUCGAUCCAAGCAGCUGAGAACGUCGGAAUGGUGCUCAUACGACCUCGUUACCGGACGCCCACUCCCGCCAUGGGCCCCUCUCCGAAGGUGCAUUGUUACGGGGUUGCUAGCUGCCGAAACUACGCAACACAAAACUGAUUCGCGUUCAGUGAAUGCCGCAGCUCCAUGGAUUGCCAAGUGGGCAACAGAGUCACCAUUUGGGGGUCGCUGGGCGCGGGUUCCGUCUCUGGACUUACAGAGAUAUGAACUACUGCCUGCCGUUGCACAAUCAACUAAAGAAAGACCGGAGAGUGGUGGUUAUUAUCAGGUCAAACAACGGUUGAAGACGGAAGAGACUUUGGGACCGACAGGACCAAUAAGUAAUUCCAUGGCUCCGCCAAACAGGCACGUGAACCAUACGUCCGCUGUCUUAGGAAACCCACACGGUUCCACCACAACUGCUGCGGCAGCCGCCGCGGCUGCUGCGGCAGCGGCUGCUGCUGCUAAUGGGGUAAACGGUUUACCGGCACAUUUGCUACCAAAUACAAACUCGCAAGGUCACCCUGGGAUGUUGGGAGUGGUCGGAAACCAAGCAAUGCACGCGAGUAUGAGGGCAUCAGCAGUCUCGUCGGGUGGUCUCCGAGUCCACGCAUCUCCAGGAAUGUCAACUGCAUCGAGCACGACAGACCCUGGGAGCUCAACAUCAAAGCAAGCUCGCAAACGUGGUUCCUCGGGUGUCAGCCGUGGGAGAAGCAAGAAGAAAACAGCAACUGGCGACCGGACUCCCACAGCAAGUCAGAUCAGUGAUCUAGCCACAUUACCAAUACCAGGGCUUCAGACUUCAUCUCCAGCUCAGAUGAAUGCUAUGGCUCGCACGAAUUCCAUGGCUGACGCAGUGAGCACGGACACCAGAUCAACUGUAACAGCUGCCACAAAUGCCACUGCGGGCCAACAGGAUACUAGCAAGCCUAAACGAACACGGAAGCGAGCCAGCAAGGCGAGACCAGUGCCUCAAAACGCAGCAGCGACUGCGGCUGCUGCAACGGCCGCGGCUGCUGCAGCUGCGGCCGCGGCUGCUGGGGCUGACGCUUCUGGGUCGAUCAGUAAUUUGGCACUUCCCUCAUCGGUACCAACACCUGGGCAACCGAAUGUUGUGCAGCAAGCUCACCAGAUCACAUCCGCCAUGACAAAUAAGCGACAGCCACUGCAAAGCCAACGGAGCAAACAGCAAGUUGCCGAAGAAGCGGCGGCAGCGGCGGCGGCGGCGGCUUCAGCUCACUCAGACAAAACAGCAGGUCGGGGCACUAUUUUGCAAGGUAGUUUGCCGUCGGACGGUUUAGGUGGUUCCCCGAUGGCCAAAGGCAAUGAUGUAAUGGCCCAGCUUGGAUACGCCAAUGCUGGCAUUUCUAACUCCAUUGCGAUGUCACCAGCUCAAGCCUCGGGGCUUAGAAGGGAAGUGCAGGGUAUGGGAAACUAUGCUGCUAUAAACAUGAUGCGAAAUAAUGCAGCCUCAGCCGGCUUGGGGAUGCCGGUAGGACAUUCUGGUUUACAACAGAGCAGUUUUGGUAUGAGGGAAGACCCCAACCAGGGGUUUAACGGCGUUGGAAACCCUAUAGCGAACAACUUGGCUCUCUUGCAGCAGCAAUCAAGUGCAGUGCCUCUAGCAAAUCAGAUGGGGCCAAACUCGGACUACCAAUCUAUUCUAUCGUCUAUGGUCUUUCCGCCAAAUACACCCCAGGAAACGAUUUCAAUCGCUCUGCACGCUGUGUCAAAUCGAUCUACAUUGCAGGAGUCCUCAAAUGCCCAAUCUGCUGCAAACGCCGUACAAGACUCCCCCUCGGGUGCAAACGCUCAGUCUUUUAUGGGAUCAACUGGACUUAGUUCAAUGGAUCCCAACGUCAUUGGACAGAAUUCUAUGAUUCCGAACGUCAUGGGUGUCAAUCCAGUGAUACCGCAGCUAGCAGCUCAAAAUCCAAGAAAUGUAUUCGGAUUAGCGUCGAUGGGUUCCAUGGGUCUUCCUUUGGGGAACCCGAGAACCAGUGCCGCUGAUUCAGUUAGUUCCGUACCGACAAGGGUUAAUAGAAAGGGAAUAACCAAUGCCGCACUGGGUGUCCAAGCAUCAAACCACUCCGGGGAGAGAAAUUUUGGUCCUAUGGGAAUGAUGAGCGCUGAACCAGUGAGUGCUGCUCCUUCUCAAAAUGGCCCAAGAACAAAUGCUCUGGCAGAACGCGGGAAGCGUCUUUGGCAAGGAGAGCUACUUUUUCGAAGCCAUGGUAACAACGUCAGGGCUCGAUGCGUAGCUAUACAAGCCACAGCAUCUAAGAGAGCACAAUUAUGCGAGGCGUCAGGAUGGCCAGACAGUUUGUGCUGUGAUUCCUCAAUACUCAAGGGUUAUCAAGAAGUCCUCAGCCAAUUGACUGAUUCCUCCGCCCAGUGGGUUGCGCGAUUUAUACCUGUUGAUAGCGACGGGAAUGAGAUGCAAGUUUCGGAGCUGGUGAAUCUUGUCACGAUGAUGGUGCAGAAGAACUUGGCUUUUGAAGUUGCGUGCAAUAAACCGGGAGGAACACGAGGCACUCUCUACUUGUGGGGCCAAUCAAGUCCAGCAAACGGUCUAAUCCUGUUGGGCGUAUUUCUUCCAUCGCCUGAGUUAGGAGUGCGCCAAGAGCUAGAAAUGAUGAUGGCAGCUGGGGGAUCGAAGUAGGUAUGGUUUGGAUGUUAAGUGCAAUCAAAGUCCGCCUACCCUCUGUAGGCGGACAACAAAGUACUUCUGUAGAGAAAAAUUAGUCGCUAAGCUCAACUUUCUAAUAGUGCACAUACGUAAAAAGUAUAACGGUGUCAUUCAUGCCAUCGAACUUCAAA